CUAUCCUGCCUGCUCUUUGACCUGGCUAUAGAACCUCUAUCAGCAAUGAUACGGGGCGCAGAUAUUAAAGGUAUUCACAUACCACGGUGUAAAGAAACCCUUAAAGCGACACUGUUUGCAGACGAUACGACCGUCUAUAUGUCCGAGGAUGAUGACUUUGACACCCUACAGAAAGUGCUUGAUACCUGGUGCGGAGCAGCGAAAGCCCGCUUCAACUUGAAAAAGACAGAAGUGAUACCAAUCGGAUCGACAGAGCACCGU